AUGUGUAAUGGUUCGAUACAGAAUCGUUCUAAAGAGUGGAUUUCUUCCUCAUUCCUGGAAUUUAAAAAACACCAGGCAUCACUUCUCUUCAUUGUAUGGGAUGAAGAAGAUGGGGGACGUAUUGAGUGCCGACAGCUUCGCCCUAUUCUGUGCGCUUUAUUCCCAUCAGAUGGGGUAGCAAAAGGAACACCAUCAUCGUCAACAGCAAAGAGAAUAGUUGGAGGAGAAGUGUUUACGCUACGUGAGAUACGUGAGGCGUGUAUCACUGCCGCAGGAGAGCCCUGGUCACAACAUCGAAUGAUAACACUCAAUGAGAUGUUUGCUAUUAUGGAUGCUCUCUGGGCAGAUGGGGAACGGCGUACACGCAUGGUUCGGGCAUGUCUUCACAGUGUCUUCACUAGUUUUUUCGGUGAGCAAGAAGAAGUGACAAAGGUGGCGCUUAUGAAAGCUAGUCAACGUGUAACAGGCACCAGUAUUGGAGCAGGGGAGGCAGAGUCUAUUCUCCGCACUGCUGCCACCAAUAAUAGUACGUAUGACACAUUAAACUUUGAAAAGUUCUGUGAACUUUUGCUUCCUACCUUAACACAAGAAUGA